AAAACGUCGCAACUUUCGUCUGCAUCGUCCGUCGGUCACGGCAGUCUUCUGCCAGCACACUACCACCGUCAUCCGUACCAGUCCUAUCAGCAUCACCAAUACCAGCAGCAGCAGCAACAGCACCAGCACUAUCAGCAGCAGCAACAGCACCAGCAGCAGCAACACCAACUCGCCGAAUCCGUUUCAACGGGACACCAUCUUGCCGCCCACUCGGAGGCGGCCACGGCAGCGGCAGCACAGUACUUUUACAACCAAAAUGCAGGCAGCUUCCACCACCAUCACCAUCACUACAAUCGCGCCUGCACUUCGAUUGCUGCCAGCUCGGCUGUGUCCAGUGCUGCCAGCCAGAGCAGUUCCGGCACGACCACCACACAUCCGUUCAAGUCACUUCCGACGGCAACACAGCUGUCCUACUUCGAGGAGUACCACCACUUCCAACAGCAGCAGCAGCAGCGCACUAAAUACGAGGACAACCUGACGUUGUUCGGGAGGAAUAAUUUUGUGAAUAUAUUUUAACUGGAUUUCGUUAGAACAGGAAAAACAAAUUAAGGGCAAACGCGAAACAGUCCAAUGCGAAACCACACUCUGGUUGUACGAUCAUUGGUUGCUAUGGUGACAAGCCUUUUGUUCGCAAUUAAACCCCCCCCCCCCCCCACCCAACGCCGUGAGAUCUAGUCAUCCAACCCGGAGGCCUGUGUAGUGUUAGGCACUGACAAAAACCAGGACGAUUCCCAGCUUUGCUCUUAAAAUGAUAUCGUUGUAAUACGAUUGAUAUUAAAAUACAAAACGGCACAGACACUUCUCGGACGCGGCAGGAGACGGAAGUAGGAAUAUUAAUAAAAACGAACAAAGAACGCAUACUUACUAUACUUAGCAUUUAAUUAGAAACUAAGCUCAGUUCUGAAGUCUGUUUUGUUGCAUCAUUCCGAGAAUACUCAAAGACAGAUGCGCUGCAUCAUGCAUCCAAUACAGCAGUUACACGUGUAAUCGUAGCUCGAUUUACAGGUGCAUACAAAUCCGUGCAAGCACUAAGAUUGAGGAGAAGCAGAAAUGUAAGUAACAUUUCUACAACAAAGAUUAUUAUUAAAUAAAACAAAAGUGUACAACCACCAUGUACAAAUCGUA